AACUGUCGUCUAAGUUUAUUAUCUUUUUCUGCUACGUGUACUUUUGUAAACAGGGUGCACAGCCGAUACUACUUGUUUUUGCUUUUUUGGAAGAAUUUCAUUUCAUUAUUGAGACAGAGAGCUGAAUGUUGAUUUAGUGCUAGCUCAGACUAGACCUUUCAAAGGUGCCUACUCCUAGAACCAAAGAAUUGGGACAACAACCAACACCUCUGAAAACAAGACAAUAAUUGAAAGGGCCGGGUGUCAGUGGUCCAUCAUUGACGUCAAUCUUGAAGUUCAGCAUCAACUGAUCAAGCACUUCUCUUUCAACUAUGAGACGGGCAGCAGGAGGAGGAGGUGGAACCAACCCGACCACCAGUCAGGGCUAUGGAGAUUACAAUGCAGUCGAGGAAGAGAACCAGCACCUCACCGAAAACCUUCGAUCUAAAGUCAGCGUUUUAAAAACGCUCAGUAUAGACAUGGGCCAUGAAGUCAACGAACAAAACAAACUUUUAAGUGAUAUGGACCAAGAGUUUGAUGCCUCGGGUGGCUUUCUUGGUGCCACCAUGGGGCGACUAUCACGCCUCUCCAAGGGGGGACUCCAUUGCCACUAUCUCUACCUGUUUCUUUUUGCUGCCUUUGUCUUCUUUAUCAUCUAUGUCAUCCUCAAGUCGAGAUGACCUUUGACGUCAGUAGAGGGAUUUAAGAACAUUCAGAUGGGUUAUUUAUAUAGCCACAAAAGGGAAAGGCCUUUUCAUGUGCUUUAUAGCAUCUAUGUGUACAGUGCACAAUGACUCACAUUUAUGAUUUGAUGAUGCAUUAACCUUAUCACUAAAUAUUGAAUUCAUGUGUGUCAGAACAUGGGGGAUCAAGCUAGCUUUAGCACCGGGGCAGACUCUGCAUUAAACAGUGAUUAGGUUUCAAGAGUUAGAAGUGCUACCUUCACAUUGGAUCUAUAACUAGCAUAAGAUUUCAUAUUCGGUGAAAUUGCACGUUUUGAAAUGAUCAGCAUUACCUCUUUAUUAACCCUUUGCUUACGGGAAACCAGGUGGCACCUGUAUUAAUCCUUUGAGAACGAGAGAAUUCAGUAGGCAGAAGGUUAACUGUUUCAUCAUCAUCAUCAUCAACUUCAGGUGGCGCUGUAAAGCGCUGUUGUGGUCUUCACGAGAUCAUGCAUGCAACUCUUUCACCUGCCAUUUGUGUU